AUGUUCAUAACUUCUGAUGGAAUAAAGCUACACGAUUUAAUCAAACUUCUCGAAGUCGAACAUCAAAUUGUGUCUCAAGAGGUGAAGGGGAGCAAGGUCGACUCUGUGCUGAACAAAAAUCAAAAUCAGACGCUGGACAAUGUUGUCGCCAAGCUCAACAUGAAACUUGGCGGCAUGAACUACAACGUUAUGCUCGGUUCAAAGCCUAGUGACCCAAUGAACAAAUGGGUCAGCGAUAAAGAUCGCCUCUUUGUCGGCUUCGAGAUCUCCAAUCCUCCUUCGCUUUCGAAGUUGGAAGUCGAACGCGGCGCGACAUAUAAGAUGCCUUCUGUACUUGGCUGGGGAGCAAAUUGCGCAGCAAAUGCUCAGCAGUAUAUUGGCGACUAUGUGUACAUUGAGCCACGUCAAUCAGAUAUGAUGGGCGCAAAGCUAAGUGAACUGAUCGUUGAAAUCCUGAAGAAAUUUCGUACUGCUACUUCCGUGGCGCCUCGUCACAUUGUUUUGUAUUUCUCUGGAAUAUCUGAAGGCCAAUUCAGCCUUGUGACCGACACGUACAUAAAAGCGAUCAGGACGGGAAUCACAUCACUGUCGGCUGCUUACAAGCCUAGCGUGACGGCUUUGGCUGUUUCGAAGGAUCACAAUGAGCGUCUUUACAAAGCG